CGCGUACAAACGGAAAUGAAAGUAAAAGUGAAGCAUUUCCUCGUUCGGACAGAUCACGUCGGCCGUGGAGUCCAAGUCAUGAGUUCUCUAAAGUUUAACGCCGAUUUACUCGAGAUUUCUAACCAGCUGUCCGCGGAACAGCUCAGCCAACUCAAAUUUCUGUGUCGAGAUCAUAUCGGCAAAAGAGAGAUGGAAAACAUCGACACCGGAAUCAAAUUGUUCGACAUUCUGACGCAGAGAGGCAAACUGGGACCCGACAACACGGACUACCUGCGCCAACUCCUUACAGAAAUUCGACGACCCGAUCUCUUAAGCAAAAUAGACAGCAUUGAGAGUCAGUCGGGCUCUACUGAGCAGCCGGACGAGACGGAGACAGCCAAACUGAACAUCGCCACAGAGGUGAUUGCUGAGAAUCUGGGGAAGAACUGGCGUAAACUGGGCCGCAAACUGGGUUUGCCUGAUGUCAAGCUUGAGUCCAUCUUGAGGAGGCAUCCCACAGAACUGGAGGAGCUAGCGAGGGACCUGCUGAAGGAGUGGAGGAAGAGUAGAGGAGCAAAGGCCCAAACAGAGGAGCUCAUAACAGCCCUGAGAGCCUGCCAGUACAAUAUGACUGCUGAUACAAUAGAGACCACACUUUCAUCUUCUGGAUAUUGAUGGUUAUUUACACAUCAGAUAAGACUGUGAUUCAAUUUGGGAAUGGAAAUGAAAGUUGUGAUUCAACGAAAUCAUGUUUCAAUAAACACAAUUGCUGACCUAUGAAA